CUCUGGACGCGUCAUUGUGAGUCUCGUUGACUUUGUGAAAGGGAUCAUAACGUCUUCUCCAUAAAAUUAACUUAAAACCAUGCCGGAUGCGAGCGCGGACGAUUAUGACGGGUUUCAGACCCAGUUCACGCACAUCAUGGAAACAAUUUUACAGACUGCUGUCAGGGAAGCGACAAAACUUUAUGAUGGCACUUUGCAGCGCUUGAAAGCGGAAUUGGUGCAGCUGAGACAAGAGAAAGUCAACACGAAGACAGGUGAUACAUCCAGCCAGAGCAAGAGAUUCUCUGAAGCCGGGAGCCAGAGGACUGGAAACGACUCUAAACAUCGUGAUAUUGGCGUGCAGUGUGAAAAGCCCACUUUGGUUGACCGGGGAUGCAGCCCUCUUCAGUUUAUAGGACAACGUCUUAAUGUGGGAGACAUAACUAGUGAUAAACUCACAGAUCUAUGUGCCAGUGAGGAUGGGAACAGACAGCUUGCAUUGCUCCUCAUCAAAAAAGAGCCUCAAGAGACUGAAUGCAACAGCUAUGCACCAGGAUACUUUCUACUAAAGCAAGAGGGUGCUGAGCCCAUACUGGUGCGCAGAGAGCCAAAUAAGGACACUGUGGAAAGGGUUGUGAUCCCAUCAGCGUUGCAAACAAUAGCCAGACCCAAUAACAACCAUAGAGGAAAGUCACCACCACCACCAGUGAUUCCUUCCUCUUGUAGUCGCAGAGUGGAUUCCAGUGGUCAAAAACCCAAUCAGACUAUACAACCCAGCCGAGGUACAUCUGAAAGAACAUUGGAAACCACUGAAGGCUUGUCUUCCCAAAACAAAAGACAGAAUGCCAGUGCACCAGCACAGACAUCAACUUCUUCAGUGCUUCCCAAUUCAACCCAGACUCCUGCUUCCAAUGUUAACUCGUCUGUGCCAAUGAUUGAGCUGUCUGGCACUCCAUCAAUACCUCAAACCAAGCCUACAGCUUCAUUAGUUCAUCGUCGACCAAACCCAAACCCAAAUCCUCAAACAUCAAACCAGACAGUAGUCCCUCAGAAAGAGAGGUCAAAUAUCUGUCAUAACACCUACCUAACUCCUGUUCCUCCAAGCCAAGUCUUAGUAACAGAGCCUUAUUCCUCCAAACAGCGAGCUCAGGCAUUGGUUUCACAUACUGAGAAAACUCUUUCAACCAUUGCCUCGCUAAACCAGGCCACUGAGCCAUUAACCCAAUGUUCCUCUCAACUUACACAACCUCCAUUCUUUCCACCACAAUCCAUCAAAACACCAGCCCAAGAGAUGACUCCACAAGUACACACUGUCAUGCCAUCAAGACUCGUUCCUGUCGCAGCAGCUCCAAAUACUCUUCCACCAGUCCAGGAUCGGAUUCCCUCAUCCAGUCUUGUUCCUCCUCAAUCUCAUGUUUUUGCAUCCCCACAGGUAAUGCCAGCACAUUCUGUGAAUUCAAGUCCAUCAUUUCAGUUCCCUUUGGUUCUGCCACACAAUCCAGUUCAGGCGACGCCACCUUCUUAUCUGCCAACGCAUGUUCCAUUUUCUUCUCCACAUAUUCCAGUUAACCCAAUUCAGGGAUCCGUCUCCUUAAACCCACCUCAACCUCCACUCACGCAAUCUCAAUAUCCGCCACAAUCCGAUCAAUUCUCCUCUUCUCCAGACCAGUUUUUUCCUCCACCCGAUAAUACGCCAGGUUUGCUUGAAUCUCUUGAUACUUUGCAUUUGCAUUCGCCUAUCAUGAUAACGCCACAAGAUGCCCCGGAGCAGGCACCCAUGCACCAUUUUCAGCCAUCUGGGCAGUUUGCACCUCUGCUAACACUGAAGGAGCAACAAGCUCCCGCUUCCGCUAACGUUGUUUUAGGGCGAGUACCCAUUCCGUCUGUAGAUACCUCUGCGUCUCCAGUUGACAACUUCGAAACGAACGUACUAUUUUCACCAUGUUGCACAGAGAGAAAUGAUAAAGACCUUUUAGAAGAUGAUGACACACCCACCCUCCAGUCUAGACUUAGAAAACAGAGAAAGAUUUGCUCCAAAUCUAGACAAAUAGAUCCUGCAGGUGAGGAUGGCACACUUAUGGUAAAGGAUAAGAGGGUGGAUCAGGUGCAGAACGACUUGAUUAGUGAAACACCAAAUUCUGGCUCAAAUAACGGAAAUCAACUAUUACCAAAACCUCCGGGCAAAACACUGCAGAGAAAUACAGAGUGUCCCCAGUGUGGAAGGGUCCUCAGCAAUGCAUCAGCCUUGGAGAACCACAUGAGACUUCAUACUGGCGAAAGACCUUAUACCUGUUCCCAGUGUGGAAAGGCGUUUCCUAGUGUCCGAGGUCUUAACCGGCAUGUGAAGGUCCAUGCGGAGGAGAAGCGGUAUCAGUGUGAGGAGUGUGGGAAGAGUUUUGUAUACCACUUUACCCUUACUAAACAUCAGCUUAUUCACUCUGGAGAAAGGCCAUUUCCUUGUAAAGUUUGUGGAAAGAGGUUUUUGGCCAAGGCAGACCGGGCUACCCAUAUGCGAAUGCACACCGGAGAGAAGCCGUUCUCGUGCACUCUAUGUGGGAAGAAGUUUAAACAUAGAGUCGCUCUGAAUAUGCAUAUGCAGGGGCAUAGAGGAGAGAAACGCUACAUCUGCCCCCACUGUGAAAAGGGAUUUGUGGAUCUAGGCAAUUUUAAAAGACACAAGCUCAUCCACACAGGGGAAAGACCGUUUGAGUGCAAGAAAUGUGGGAAACGCUUUACUCAGUCAGCCCAUCUCAAGAAACACAUCAACACACAACAUGUUACAUGAAAAAAUAAUAAUAAUUUGGAUUGUUCAAUAUUAAGCAUUCAGUUGAUCUACUGAUAAAUAUUCUGUUGCAGAAAAUAAAACAGUAUUAGGCCCGACUGUAAAUUCAUUUAUGAAGAUGCUAUUUUUAAAAUGGAAAAGUAAAAAAAUAACUGCUUUGCUGCAUUAAUUU